AACAAUUCAGGAAUUGUGAAAACUCUGUUUUGUCUUUCUGCUGCCUUGUUGCUGUAUAUCUUUCCUUCAAGCUGUGGUUUAGACAGAACAGAGGGCUGCUUUUAACGAGAGCUGAUAGAGAGAGAAACUUAGUUCAUCAUCACGAACCUUUUUUCUUCUUCAUAAUCAUCUUGGGAAUUUAAAACAUUAAAGACAGACAGCGAUCAAACAAAAGAUCUCAAGAAACCCACUUGUUGUUGUUGGUUAGAGAUUUCACGGGUCUCAAAAAGUCUCUUUCCCACACCCAUAAGGCCAUAAACUUCAUCAUCAUCAUCACCUACUACUCUUUCUCAACCUCAACGGCUCAAAUUCCUCCACGUCAGCAAAGAGACAGAGGAAAGGGAAAACAAAACAUGGAUCGACCAGCAGUAAGUGGGCCAAUGGAUUUGCCGAUCAUGCACGACAGCGAUAGGUACGAGCUCGUCAAAGAUAUUGGCUCCGGAAACUUUGGAGUUGCAAGAUUGAUGAGAGACAAGCAGAGUAACGAGCUUGUUGCUGUCAAAUACAUCGAGAGAGGUGAGAAGAUAGAUGAAAAUGUAAAAAGGGAGAUAAUUAACCACAGGUCCUUAAAACAUCCCAAUAUCGUUAGAUUCAAAGAGGUAGUAUUAACACCAACACAUUUGGCCAUUGUUAUGGAAUACGCAGCUGGAGGAGAACUCUUUGAGCGUAUCUGCAAUGCAGGCCGUUUCAGCGAAGACGAGGCGAGGUUUUUCUUCCAGCAGCUCAUUUCAGGAGUUAGUUACUGUCAUGCUAUGCAAGUAUGUCACAGAGAUUUGAAGCUAGAGAACACGUUACUAGAUGGUAGCCCUGCACCUCGUCUAAAGAUAUGUGAUUUUGGUUAUUCCAAGUCCUCGGUGUUACAUUCGCAGCCAAAAUCAACAGUUGGAACCCCUGCUUAUAUCGCUCCCGAGGUUUUGCUAAAGAAAGAAUAUGAUGGCAAGGUUGCAGAUGUUUGGUCUUGUGGGGUAACUUUGUAUGUUAUGCUUGUUGGAGCAUAUCCUUUCGAAGAUCCCGAAGAGCCUAAGAAUUUCAGGAAAACUAUACAUAGAAUCUUGAAUGUCCAGUACGCUAUUCCUGAUUAUGUUCACAUAUCUCCUGAAUGUCGCCACUUGAUCUCCAGAAUAUUCGUUGCUGAUCCUGCUAAGAGGAUAUCAAUUCCUGAGAUAAGGAACCAUGAAUGGUUUCUUAAGAAUCUACCGGCAGAUAUCAUGAAUGAUGACACAAUGAAUAGCCAGUUUGAUGAAUCGGAUCAACCGGGUCAAAGCAUCGAAGAGAUCAUGCAGAUCGUUGCAGAAGCAACAGUUCCUCCAGCAGGCACUCAGAGUCUAAACCAUUAUCUCACAGGAAGCUUGGAUAUAGAUGAGGAUAUGGAGGAAGAUCUUGAGAGUGACUUGGAUGAUCUUGACAUCGACAGUAGCGGAGAGAUUGUGUACGCAAUGUGAUGCGGUCUCGCUAUGGUUUCUGAUACAAACAUGAACAAGAAUAACAAUGUGUACUUGUUUGCUAUGUUGUACGUGGCCCUAACUUUGUCACAGUGGUCACAGUUUGAAUAUUUGACAUGCAAAAGAGACCCCCUCCCAAAAAAAAUAUUAGUGUUUCUCUAUAUUUGAAAUGAAAAAAAAAAGUUUCAUUACAUCAA